CCAGCCGCCUGAAUAUCGCCUGCUGCGGUCGCAUUGAUACCGAAAAACCGGGAGCGUGUGCUUCAGGAGACGUACGGGGGUCGUGGACCAUCGCUGCGGUCGGCACGGCUGCACAGCUCCUAAAAAACAGCACACCAUAAAACUGCUCUCCGAAGCAAGCUGACGGGAGAGGGCCUCGCGAGACGUGUGCGAGUGGUGCAAACGCUUGCGUUUGACCAAGGGCAACUCCAUAGCAAAAAUGGCCUACGGCGCCGUCGCCGACGAGGCCGCGACCCUCACGACGCCCAUACAAGUGCGGUCCGAGAGCGCGGACUCGAUCCACGUUGGUUUUCAGUCGCGGCGCGGCAGUUCUGUUGUGGCCGCCGCGGUCGCCAUCGCGGACGCGGUCACGGGCGUGGACAGGCAGCAGCCUUUAGUAAGACGGGCGAGCCAGCGCGCCUUCCGCCUCCAUCUAUGGCUGGACCCGCUGGCGCAAAUGAGCGCCUUGGCUUUGGUGCUCCUCACGUUCUGGGAGGCGCCGCGCUGGUGCCGCGGCGCCAAGGCCCAAAUGUGCCGGUGCGUCUGGGACCCGGACGCGCCCGAGGUCUGUCCUUAUCCUACUUAUGAUAUAGCGUACGUCGACGAGCGCGUGGCGGUGGCCAUCCAAUUGGUAGCCAUCACGCUGAUCGCCGCGCAUCUGUUGUUAGCUCGCAUCGCCGUCGGUGCACAACGGUUCUGGAGCUGGGACGGGAAAGGCUGGGUCAUGGUCGUUUGUUUACUGAAAGCCCUGGACUCCGUGCGAGCUUUGGUCGUGGUCCUCGGCGUCGAUGCCUUGGAGGUCGAGGCCUGGCGACCCGCUCCUUAUCUGAGAUUAUUGUUAUUAAUAGGCUACUCGGCGGACGUACGAAGUCAACUGAGGCUGGUCUCGAAGAUCCUGCCGGCGUUCUGCCGCAUCGGUGCCUUGGUAGGAUGCCUCGUGCUGUUUGCGGCCUGGUUCGGGGUCGUGAUCUUUCCUCCCAACACGAUGGAGGGGUCCGAGGAGCUGCCGAACUUCCGCGAGGCCGCGUGGCAGUUGAUCGUGGCGCUCCGUGUGGAUAUCAACCAGAGUUAGCUUAUCGUCGACCUCCACGCCAUCGAGCAGACGCAAUCAUGGGGAGUCGCGUCGAUGGCGUGGGGCGCCUGAAAUUUUAUUUCCGCACAGGUGACGCUGACGACGGCGAACUUCCCGGACGUCAUGCUUCCCGCCUACGAGCGGAACCGCUGGCCCGCUACCUUGUUCUUCGGGAGCUUUCUAGCAUUGGGCAUGUUCUUCAUGAUGAACCUGCUGCUUGCGACUGUGUGGAAAUCAACCUCCACGCCAUCGAGCAGACACAGUCAGGGGGGCGACAUCGCGUCGAUGGCGCGGGGCGCCGAAGUUAUGAUUUCCACACAGGCUGGCGACGGUCUACAACACCUACUCCGAAGAACGAGCCGCCGACUCACUGAAGAGGGACCGUAGGCGUGUGCAGUACGUUGAGGACGCCUUUUCACUGUUAAGUGAAGACUCUAUCGUCAAGCCGGAGAAGCUCGCAGCAUUACUCAAACAGCUCAACGAGCACCAAGAUAUAAAAUACGUGUCGGAAGACACGGCGACGCGCAUCUUCGACCGACUCGAUCAGCGGCACGACGGCCACCUGUCGCGAGACGAGUUUGAAGGGUUGGUCGACGCGUUGCGGAACGAGGCGUCGCGGCCCUGGACGAGCGAAGACCGACCGUCGUCGGAGUGGCGCGCGUCCAUCGGCGAGCUCGUCGCGUCGCGGCGCUUUGAAUAUGUGGUGGAUGGUCUGUUGGUGGCGAACGCGGUAGUCGUCGCUCUACAGACGCGGCCGCAAUUGAUGGGAAAUGCUCCAAAAGAAGAAGCUCCAGACGACCCUCUGGAGCUCGUCGAGACGGGCCUAGCUGUCGUUUAUGCUGUGGAGGCCUGUCUGAAGAUAGUAGGCCUGGGCUGGCGGCGGUACCUGUCGAAGUACCGCAACCGCUUCGAUUUGGGGGUUACUUGCGGUUGUAUGCUAGCGGCUAUCAUUGUCUUAGCCCCGAACCGGUUCAACAAUCCCGAUUUGAUCCAUGCGAUCGUCAUGCUGCGACUGUUGCGCUUGGCUCGGCUCGUCGUAGCGCUGCCGGAGUUCCAGGUGCUGGGCGACGCGUUUCUGUGCAUGCUGCCGGCGGCCCAGAAGCUGCUCAAGGCGUUAUUCGUGGUCAUCUUCUUCUUCUCGGCGCUGGGUGCGGCCCUCUUCCAGGAACGCAUCAACACGGACCCAGACGGACCAGAUCUAAAAAAACUGCAAGGCACGGACUACCUUACGUCGGGCUACGCGACGCUGAAUUUCAACGACGUCGAGAGCGCCUUCGUGACGCUGUUUUGUGUCCUGGUCGUGAACAACUGGUUUGUUGUGGUAGAUGGGUUCGCGGCGGUCGCAUCUCGAGAUGUGGCUCGCGUCUAUUUUUUGAGUUUCUACGUCAUCGGCGUGCUGCUCUUCCUGAACAUAGUGGUGGCGUUCAUUCUGGACGCGUUCCUCUCGGAGUACAACAAGGCGCGCAGCUCGAGGGGCUGGUGACGACUGCACAUAUCUUAAUUUUGUCAAGUUUUAGUACACACAAAUUACCAGACUCCCUCUCGGAGGGGCCCGGU